AUGGCUCAUACAGCUGGGUGUUAUUGCAUUGCGAUUGACCCAUUUGGAAGGUAUGCUACAAAGAUGUAUUAUCUUUUCAUUGAUCCCAUCACGAAAAAGGAACACGAUGACAGGUAUUUUGCUGUUGGAAGUGCCGAUUCCUUGGUCAGCCUGUGGGAUAUCUCAGAGAUGGUUCUUGUGUAUACUUUAAUCAUCAGCAUCCCUAUUCCUGGAAUGAUCUCUGUUUGUACCUUUCUCAGAUUGCCUGUGAGGACAAUAAGCUUCAACAACACUGGAGAGUAUCUUGCUUCUGCCAGCGAGGACUUAUUUAUUGAAAUAGUAAGUAGUACCUUAUGUGGCUCACUACACUUGGAAUUUACAUCCUCAAGAAGUAUAUUCUCCCUUGUGGGAGGAUGUCUGGUUACAAAGGCUGCAGCCUGUCAUCAUACCUGA